UUUUAAUGUAUUGCAUAUUGUAUUCUGUCUAUGAGCGAAACAGAAAGAAAGGGACAGACAUAUACAGAGGCCAGGGCCACAGAAAGAGACAGCGACAGCUUGCAUAUAUAAUACACAAUUAACAAGCGAAGUCGUGAUACGUUAAGCAUACCAAAUCGAAAAUCAAAUAAGAAAUCAAGAAAAUACUUCAUAGUUUUGUUCCUAUGCCAAAUUGGCUUUGACCCACUGUACACAUAACAACAUGUCUUCUGUCGUGGCCACAAACAGCGAGAGCGCUGUGACAACACUCAUUGAUUUGGAUGAGGAUCUUGAGGAUGGUGAGAUUGAUGACGAUGAUGAUGAUGAGCCACAGCUGGUUGGCUCCAGCAAAUCAAAGACUGAGCGAGACAAGCACGAUGACGAUGAUGUGCAAUUUGUGGCCAUGGACACAGCCGACAAGCAUAACCCAGAUGAUGAUAUUAUUUUUAUGGGCAUGGUCAACAGUGGUGGUGGCGGCGGCGCAGCUGCAACACCGCCAGAGAACAGCAACAACAGCAGCAGCAGUAAAUCAAAGAAGCCACGACCUCUGGAAGACGAUCAUGCGGUCAGCAUUGAAAUCGCCAUUGCCAAUGCAUUAAAAAAGAAGGGUAUCGAACCGCCAAUGCCCAAAAUGUUGAACACCAGUUGCGAAUCCGAUGCCACAGCAACGACAAGUGCUGCUGCUUCCGUAGAUGGCCCCACUUCCGAUUCCAGUAAAGCUUUACAGCAGCAGCAACAACAAAGUCGAAGUAGUCGCCGACGGAAGCGCAAAAAGGAAAGGGAACGCGAACAAAAGAAGGAUAAAGAGCACAAGAAACGACCGCGCCAAGACUCCUUGGAAGAGGCACCGGGCAGCGAGGAUAUGGACGAGUACGAAAUGAUGAAUGUGCGAGGUGGUAGUCCACCGCCGGGUGGUGCUGCAGGUGGUGUUCCACCGUCUAGCUUGCCCCGUUUUCCCGGCGAUUGGGCGGAUAUGGCCGAAGGUGGCAUAAGUUACGAAACGGCCCAAGAUUACAGCUCCUAUGAUUCCUAUUCGGACGAUGACACUGUCGGUCCUGGAUCCAAUGCCAAUCAGCCACGGCGCCAACGCCGGGACAAGGAGAGUCGCGGUCGGAAGCGACGCGAUCGUGAUCGCGACAAUGAUCGACGACACGAUGGAAAACGCAAUCGUCGCGAUUCGGGCGGCAACACCGCCAUUGAGGAAAAACGCGAGCCCCGCAAACUGGAGCUUUGCAAAUUCUAUUUAAUGGACUGUUGUGCCAAGCGCGACAAAUGCUCUUACAUGCACAAGGAGUUCCCCUGUAAGUACUAUUACCUGGGUAUGGAGUGCCAUGCUGGUGACGAUUGCCUCUUCCAUCAUGGGGAGCCGUUGACCGAGCAGCUGCGGAAUAUUCUGCUUAAGCAUAUGGAGACCGCUCCUAAAGAGAUUCUUGGCGACUUCAAGCGCAUCUCACGUGAUCAGGCCAUGGUGCAGAUGACGAGACGGCACGAGGCCUUGUGUGAGGAGUACAAGGUGGAGAACACUUGGAACAACAUUUUGGCGAAUGCCAACAAUAGACGACAAGAACAGGUCAACCAGCAGCAGAAUCAGCAGCAACAGCAGCAGCAGCAACAAUUGAUGUCACAACCGCCACCACAAGUCGCGCAAACGGCGGCUACUUUGGCGCCCAUACCUUCGCUGCUAGACAUGGUCAUCAACCCGCCACCGAAUCUGGCCGACAAGGCGGAUAAAAAGCGUAAGUCGCGUUGGGCGGAAAAGUCUACUGCUAAUAAGUCCUCGACAACAGCAGCGGCUCUGGCAUCAGCAACAGCUUCAGCACCAACAACAGCUGCGACUGGUACAUCAGCGACGAGUUCCGCCCCCGCAGCUGGAUCUACCUGUGAAUCUUCGGACACAAAGCUACCUGCCCAUCUGGAUCUGAAGAAUCUGACAAAUGUGUUGAGCGCUGAUCACAUGUCGAAGCUAAAUAAACUGGGAAUCAGCAAUCUGGAAGAGAUGAUGCAAGUGCCUUUCGGUAAGCUAACCGAGGUGGGUCUAACGCUCGUCGAGAUUGGUGAGAUUCAGCGCAAGGCCGCCGCGGUGGCCGACACUUCAGCCGAUCAGCAAGCUGCAAAGCAAAACGACAACCCAGACACGGGCUCCAACCAGAAAAAACCGGAGACGGAUGUGAACAACGCCUCAUCAUCGAAUUCGAAUAGCAAUAGCAAUGGCUUUAUUAUGGUAGACUACACACAAUAUCUGAAGGAUGCUCAUGUGAACUUCGACCGGAACGAUCCACUAGAGGACGAUUGUGACGAUGAGGAGCAGCUGGUCAUUGAUGAUGGGAAUGAGUCGGAAGACGAGCGCAAGAAGAAGUCGUCUGCCCUACAGUUGCAAGACGAGGACGAUACACCUUUGCCAUCCGUAUUUGAUCUUCCCUCGUUUAUGAGCAACAUGCUUAAGGACAAUAAGGCCGAUCCACCCACAACAAUAGCCAACAAUAGCAGCGAAAGCAUAGCUCUUCCAACCAGCAGCACAACAACACUAACCUCAGCCACAUCACCGAGCGAGACAAAAGCCAAUGCCGAUAACUCCGGCGCUACAAUAUUUAGCAAAAUAAUCUUUGGCGAUAAGCACCCGGAUCCUGAGGCCCGGGCCGCCUUCUAUCGCGAUAUCAUUCGAAAUCCCUUUAAAACGCACAUCGGCGAUGCUGAUAAUGACAAUUCCAAUAGCGGUGGUGAGUUCUACGCCCAGCAUGAUUCACGCUCGCUGACACCAACGCCCACAGGCUCCUCCAGCACACCCGAGCCGGGCUCCCAGUCACCCAAGCCGCUGGAGGAGGUUUUAGCUGGAAAAAUAGCAGCAACAGCUGCGGAAGCAGCAGCAGUGAUUGCUGCCGGAGGAGGAGGAGCGACACCAGCCAAACCAUCGCUCUACACGCGCACCACCAUGUACGACUUUGAUCCAGUGAGGGUCGAGCAGCAGGCUGCUCGCGCAGCUGCACGUAAAGCGGACAAGGAUCUGCGACCGCAAAUGUGCGUGGGCACAGAUCGUGAUAUUGACAUGCGUCUGCCAUUCGAACCCAUGAAACACUAUUUGCCCGCCACCGAGAUUGAUGCAGCAAUCUUCUCGCACAGCCCAAUACGCUGGCAGCUGCAGGAGGUCGAUGUGGAGUUGGCCUCCUAUGCAGAGCUCCGGCUAGCUGCUGCCUACAAGGAAGAGCGCGACAUACGUGAUCCGCGCAUACGUCGCGUCCUCGGCUUGCCCGAUCAUCCCGACGGCCUGGCCCAUGAGGAGCGUGAGCGAAAAACCAGUGCCUGCAUAUCAUCGCCGGAAUCGGUGCAAAUGUCGCCAUCCGGGCGAGAUGCACAGCCUACAUCGCCGCCACCGCCAUCAGUACAUCUGCCUUCUAUGUCUGUUCCACCGCCAAUUAUGAACAUCCCACCGCCAAAUUUGCUACUCGGUACCGAAACGUCGGCCACCUCAGUACGUACAGAUCCGCGUCGUGAUCCCCGGCGAGCCCAUCUGGCUAACAGUAAUAAUAAUUAUGCCGGCGCUGCAGGAGGGGCUGCAGCUUCGGCUGGAUCCGGCGGCGGUAACCGGCAAAUCGGUGAAAUACGCAACGUACUCCAGGCAUCCAAUUGGUACAAGAAUCUCGGCUCGAACAACAAAAUAAUGGUGAAUCAGCAGCUGGCGCUUGUCUUCACGGAGCUCAAGAAGUUCCAUCAGUUGGAGCAGCCGAACAAGAUCUUCGAUGUGAGCUUUAUUGUGAAUAAUCGGACGCUGCAGCAGAUUUUCGGCCAGCUUCACAUCUACAUUGAUGACAAUGGCCUGGUGGUGCAGCUACUGGACGAUGGGCCGCCGACGAGCGGCAGUGCGGGCCCGGCCAAUACACCCGCUGCCGUCCCAAAUAUGCCGGUCAUGUUGCCCAACAUGUCACAGCCGCCGCCAAAUUUAGCAAAUCUGAUUCGCCAGCCCCCGCCCAAUCUUUGUGGACCAAUGGGGCCGACUACAUUGCUCCAAAUGGGAUUGCCGCCGUUUAAUCAACCGCCUCCGAAUGCACGGCCCCGCCUGCUGGGCAUGCCGCGAAACGUGGGCAAUAUGAUGAUGGCCGGUCUCGGGAGCGGGGCUAAUAAUCCAUUCAAGCCAUUUGGCGGAGGGGGUGGUCCUGGCCCUGGUCCUGGCAUGGGUCCUGUAAAUAUUGGAAACUUGGGCGUGCCCUUUAAUGGAAUUGGUGUUGGACCGAUGAGAAACUUCGGCGGGGGUGGUGGUAUGAAUAAUCAGGGGGGUGGAAAUCGUCACUUUGGGGGUGGUGGUGGCGUUGCGAACCGCAAUCAACGCGGCGGAGGUGGCGGCAAUCGAAGCCGCAACAACAUUUAG